ACCCGCAAUAAUAUUUUCCACCCAUACAACAGCGCCGCCGAAAAAGAUGCGAUAUCUAACAGGCUUUCUCGGUCUAUUCCAAUCCAUCUCGCACCGGCCGCCUUCAUUGCCAAUUGACUCACCGGCGAUCAUGGAAACCUGGAGUUAGGUGCUGUAGCAUGACGCUGCCUCCUUCACGGCCCUUCGCCGGAAAACUGGCCGCUGCCUUCUUCUCCUCCUUGCUCCCUUCCCCUCCUCCUCCAGAUCUUCUCCUCAUCUUCGCCGCUGCCCUUUCCUUUCUAAUCGUUGUGAAGAACCCCUUCUCCACACCCCCUCCUCGCCUUAACCUCCGCCGUCGCAGCCUUCCGCCUAAGGCCAUGAGCCGCACCAAUCCCCCGCGGCCGACCCUAGUAUUUUCCUCGCCCGAAUCUCUCUCCGAUUGGCUCAAACCCCGCCUUCCUCCAGGCGCCCUCGCCUCCUGGGGCACCUCCCCCGGUACCAAAACUGUCAACAAUCUCUGGAUCGAGCUUUCUCAGGGCGAGACCUCCCUAUUUCUCCCUUCGCCAUCCCAAGAUCGGUCAUUUGAAGCAUCAAACUUAGAAGAAGACGAACAGCAGACGAUUCCCCUUCGGGCCGUUCAUGUAGCUAUAGUGAAAAUCCGUAAUAGCCGGGGCGCUCUACUUGUGGAUUCCCACCAGCUCCUCUCCGACGGCACCGUUCGGAAGCGAGGCCGACCGCUAUCAGAGAAGAUGCGGCCGGGGGAGACAGUGGAAGACGCUGCUCUGCGAGCGGUGCGGGAGGAGCUCGGUAUUGCUGCCUCCAGCUCCGUCAAGCUCGUGCCAGGUUCGUAUCUGGUGCGGGUUGAGGAAAAGGCAUCAGUUUCAUAUCCUGGCUUGCCUGCUCGGUAUAUACUGCACUCCAUUGAGGCUCAAGUUGAGAGCUUGCCGGAGGAAGGUGAAUUUUCAACAGAAGAAACAGGAGAAGGCGAGGUGGAGUUGAGUAUUGGAUCGGCUGUUUUUGUCAGAAAGCAUUUCUGGAAAUGGAUUGAUGAUUAUGAUGGUAACAGUGGUAGCUAUUUCGGAAACUCUUCUGUUUGAUUCAUUUGGCAUACUGUACCUCAAGAUGCAAGUGUGACAUGCAAGACAUUACCUAUGAUGAAGUCCAUUAGGGCAUCUCCAACCGAAAAACCCACUUUCCAUUCCAAAAUAUAGUAAAACUCUGAAAUGCGGUAAUUUGUCUUUAAUCGAAUUCUAUUUCGCCCAUUUCUUUAUCGCACUGCUAAAGGUAACCGUCUUUCUCCCCUUUCGUGUGCUUUUUCGGCAAAUCCCGAACAACACAAAAAUUAAAGUGUGUGAACAGUGCAACGCCAAUAUUGGCGUCGCACCGUUCACUCCUGGAGAAUAGCGAGUGAAAAUAUGUUCGGUUGGAUCGUUUGGCGGACGGCAAUUACAUGUAUGUCAUUCGAUUGUGGAUGCUCUUAUAUGCCUUUGCACUGUACAAUCAAGAUCGCAUAAGAGUCCCAAAACUUUUUAUCUUUGGCCUUA